AUGGCGGUCGACUACUCCCUCUAUCUGGUGACGGACUCGACGCCGGCAAUACUUGGUGACAAAGAUCUGGUGACUGUCGUCGAGGCCGCGGUGCAAGGAGGUGUCACAAUUGUUCAGCUGCGCGACAAGACAUCUGAUACGGCGGACCUCGUGCAGAUAGCCAAGGAGCUUCACAAGAUCACAAAGGCGGCGAACGUGCCACUUCUCAUCAAUGAUCGUGUCGACGUUGCUCUUGCUGCAGGCGUCGAAGGCGUUCACGUGGGCCAAGAUGACCUAGAUCUGAAAACGGCGCGAAAGAUUCUCGGCCCUGAAGCCAUCAUUGGCGUGACCGCGAAUAGCGAGGAGGAGGCAGUGAUUGCUGCSGAAGAUGGAGCCGACUACUUGGGCAUCGGGACAGUGUAUGCCACGCCCACCAAAGAGAACACCAAAUCAAUAAUUGGAACCGCAGGUGUUCGGCAUGUUCUAACGUCGCUUGCCGCCAAAGGUCUUGAUGUGAAGACUGUAUGCAUUGGAGGCGUGAACGCUUCCAACACCCAGCGGGUCCUGUAUCAGACCGCUUCGCCGCACAAGAAGCUAGACGGAGUGGCUGUAGUCAGUGCCAUCAUAGCAGCAGAAGAUCCCAGAGCGGCCUCCAGGCAACUCGCCGAGCUCAUAAAGCAACCACCACCGUUCGCCACAUCCACAGCAAAGCCAAAGCUUUCGCGUGAAAGCAUCAUCAAUCAGGCUCCCGAGAUUAUUAAGCGCAUGGCGGGCAAGAAGCCUCUCUGCCAUAACAUGACAAAUUUGGUGGUUCAGAACUUUGCAGCAAACGUUGCUCUCGCGAUAGGGGCUUCUCCCAUCAUGUCCAAUAACGGUCUCGAGGCUCCAGAUCUUGCUGCACUAGGCGGCAGUCUUGUUAUAAACAUGGGAACCACAACGCCAGAGAUCCGCACAAACCACCUCAAAGCUUUGGCAGCUUACAAUGCCAUAGGUGGACCCGUCUUGUUUGAUCCGGUAGGCGCUGGCGCAACUCAACAACGACGGGACGGGACUAAAGCGCUCAUGGCUGGAGGGUACUUCGAUGUGAUCAAAGGCAAUGAAGGCGAGAUUCGAACAGUCUCGGGCGCUGCUGGUGUGAAGCAACACGGUGUGGAUUCUGGCGCUUCUCAGCUUUCCCUCGAAGACAAGAUCAAGCUGGUCAAGGGUACUGCUGCUAGAGAGCGGAACGUCGUCCUCAUGACCGGCAGCACAGACGUGAUCUCCGACGGAGAGAGAACCGUAACGAUCAGCAACGGUCACGAGUAUCUUGGCGAGAUCACUGGAAGUGGCUGCACGCUGGGGACAACCAUUGCGAGCGUGAUGGCAGUUGAGCGAGAAGACAAGCUACUGGCCGCCGUGACAGCGAUUUUGAUGUUUGAGAUUGCCGCGGAACGUGCAGCCGUCCGAUCUGAUGUCAAAGGCCCGGGAUCAUUCGUGCCUGCUUUCUUGGAUGAGCUAUAUCAUAUCCGACAAGAGAGCAUAAAUGGAACGUCAACAUGGGCUGAAGCGGCUAAAAUCGAGAUAAAGCCUCAAGCCGCGGAGUAG